CUUUGCACUGUCACUUUACUUUAAAAGCGUCUGCUGCUGAGCGGGAGGUAGAACCCUAAAACAUGAAGCUGGCAGUGGUGUUGGCGUGCUUUGUGGUCUUCUGUCUGGCAGAGAAGCCCCUUCCCUGCACUAGCCCUCCUCUUUUGACCGGGCGGCUCACUGUGAUGUCACAGAAUGAGAAAAUCGGGAUAUUCGGCAAAUACCUGUACGAUGCUGUGGGCCAGCGAGUGCGGCUCUUUGAGAUGGGCAGCUUUAAUAACCAGACGUUCACCGCAGAUGUCCUGCUGCACUUCACAGAGGCUGCCAUGUAUGAGAUCGAUGAUGCCAAACGAACAUGCAAGAAGAGCCCACUGAAGGCAGACUUCCAACCUCUGAAGAUUCCCCAAAAUGCGUUUCGGAUAAGCCAGACUGUGGUGGGCAGCUCUUCUGUUCCGGGACAAGGACUCCUGAUGAACAACUGGUCUGGAAAGUUACCUGACAAAUCAGGAGAUUUUCUAAGUAGUGUGACUGAAUUGGGGUGCAUUCCUGCGAGAACAUCCUACCAAACGAAGGAGUUUGGAUGGGUGUUAACAGAUUUUUACGAUAAUGUCAUUGGAAUUACCAAUCCCAAUCUGCUGGAGCCCCCAGAGUUUUGUGCUGGUGCUGUGAUGGACGUGGAGGCAGAGCCGAGAAACUAUCUCACCUUUUACGCCAAGGAGAACUGAGUCCAGUUAGCUGCAAUUAAACAGUCUUACCUCUUUCUUUAGAAUGUCUUUUUAAGUUCAUCACUAGUAUUAUUUUAUUCUGCCUUUCUGAAAGAAAACUGAGGAUAAAAUAUUGUCUCAAUAAAACCAUCUGAGAAUACUGA